AUGCCUAAGUAUGAUAGAGAAUCAUGGUCCCAAGAGGUAUUUUCCAUUCAGGCAGACGAUGCUAUCUCUUCCCUAGUCAAAGAAUUCGGCUUAAAACACUGGACUCAAAUAGCGAAAGCUCUAAAAGAUCGAUUUGGAAUCAGAGGAAAGUAAGUUUUAGCUAGAACUGGCAAACAAUGCAGAGAAAGAUGGUUUAACCACUUAGAUCCUGACAUAAAAAUUGGCUGGUGAACUGUAGAAGAAGAGCAAAUUCUUAUAGAAACUCAAAGGGAGCACGGGAACUGUUGGUCAAAAAUUGCAACUUUUCUGCCUGGACGUACAGAAAACGCAAUAAAGAAUUAUUUCUAUAGCACAAUUCGGAGAAAUUUGAGACGAUAUAAUAGGAGAGUGCCAGAAGACCAACGAAUUGCUGAGUCGAUUUCUGAAAUAAUACAAAAGCCAGAAAUUGUAAGUUUAUUGAUGGUGCCAUCUGAUAAAAAGAAAGCAAAACCUGACUUUGAGCAGAGCUUGUAAAAUAUAUGUAGAAGAAAAUCUUCAAGACUGCAAGCGAUUAAAGAAACCAAACCUGAAGUGAAAGAAAUUAAAGAAGAAAAUCAUAUCACAGAGACAAAAGAGUCUAAGGAGUCAAAGUCAACUGACGAGGAAGGGUCAUCAAUACUUUAUUCACUUUAUGAAACUCCAAGAGAAGAACUGAGCCCUGGUAAGCUAAAAUCUAAGAUUAAGCCUGCUAUCUCAGUUGCUGAGUCUACACCUGCGUUACAGAAUCCAGAAACUGCUAACAUUUUUGAAAAUUCUUUAUUCGCAAAUAAUUUUUUAUUAGCGCCAAAAUCAACAGCAUCGAAAUUUCAAGAAGAAAGCCCACUUAUUAUCAACUGGGAACAACUAUUCAACCCGAUAUCUGCUGACAAUUUGGUAUACUUCUAUAUAGAUUCCUAAUCAAGAUCAACCGCAAACGUAUAAUAGGUCCGAUUCUGUUCAAAGCUAUCUUAGAUGUGACUCAUCUCAGAGCUAUCUAAGAAGUGAUUCCUGUUCGAAUGUUUUAAGGCAAGACUCCUUAAAUGAUAAUCAACCGCCUUUUGAUAUCACAGGGUUUUUACUUCCACAUUUUACGCCAAAAGACACACUUUAG